AUGCUCGUUACAUCCAUCGGCCCAUCGCACAUCCACAAGAUGCUUCUGAUGUGUAGAUAUCUGUACCAGCUCGCUCUCCCAUUCUCGGUUCACGUCUUUCGCAACACCCCGCCCCUCUCCGUAGGUACGGGAGAUUGCUCCGAGAGACGCAACGCCCAGUUCUUGCGCUACAUCCUCAUCAACAAACCCCAACUCGCCCACCUCGUCAAGGUCAUCGUUGUGGGCAACACCCGAUCAAGAAAAGGGGGCAGAGAGCUUAACGCUGAUGCCAUCACUGCAAGCACACCCCAGGAGCUCGACACCUAUGAGCAAUGCAUCCGCGAUGUGAUGUUGCCAGCCUCGCGGUACACUGAGCUCAUAAUGCGGCGCAAUCAAUUGAUUGAGGACCUCAGACGGGGAUUCUCCGAGGCGCAGCUCUCGCUGAUCCUGCUCUUCUGCCGGCAAGUCCGCACGCUCUGCUUCGAGCAGGAGGACCCAGUGUUCAACCUGCCCAUGGUGAUGGAGUUUGGAGCCUACCUGAACACAUUGCCUUACAGGGACCUGCACCCAGGUCCGCUCUCAAGCCUCGAGGAGGUGUACUGUGAGCCCGGCUCCAAGAGGAACGGUAAAACCUUGUGGAAGUGGGCCAAAAUGCUCCUGACUCUCCCGCGGCUCAGGGUAUACGAAGCCAUGCUCAGCGAUUGCCCAAGCGCCGGCGCGCCCGUCCAAGGUGUGCCACCGAGGUCCGCGCCGGUGCGAGAGAUUAUCCUGAGACAGUCAAACGUCCGCGCGGAGAUGUUGAACCGAAUUUUCCAAUCCUGCAGAGCUGUCGAGAAGUUCGAGCUUUCAAAAUACGCCCACAAGAACAUGUGCGGGUCCAUCUGUAUCUGCUUCAGGGUCGGGCCAGGCCAUCGGGUCGCACUAUCCAGCUUCGUGUCGGCCAGGCAGGUGCUGGAUGCAAUUCUGCCUCACAGAGAUACCCUCACUCAUCUGCGCUUGAUCCUUCACGACGAGCAAGGCAAGUCGAUGCGGUCGUACCCCGCAUGGCUUGUGCACAUGGGCACGCGGCUCCGUAACAUGGCUGCUCUGCAGACCCUCGAGAUAGAAAUGGAGUCUCUGACCGCGCAUCACAAGACUCCCGUGCCGGACGACUGUCCGAGGCUUGUGGACUGCCUGCCGCGCAGCCUGGUGAAUCUGCACAUCGAAAACUGCAAUGCGCUCUCCGUGGAACCGGCGGCCGAGCUGCUCCGGGAGGUUGAGAGAGGCGACACCUUCACCCAGCUCCGCCAGAUCCGGCUCCUCUUCGAUCUCGAUUCGGUCACCGUGAAAGACAUUGACCUCGUUCUCAUUUCGACGGAUACGACAUUAUCUGUUAUGUUUCAGACGCGUAAUGGCCAAUUCUUCGACUUGGCCGCUCCAGUGAACACUAGAACUCGGAAAACGACCUCUGUUUCCUCUCGGGUGUACGCAGAUGACAUCCGUCAAAGGUGGCUUGCAUUGAGAGGAGUUGCUGCGCAGAGGGAUCCCACCUCUUGGGAUCCAAACAAGCUCACCUCGCCGCCGAAAUGGUGUCCGAGAUACAGGGACGAGGAGGUUGA